UUCGGAUCCAGGUCUGGUUGCAUGCAACAGUGUCGUGCGGUUUCAAGUCGUUGGUGAUACAAGUUAUUAACCUCACCAAACGUAAAUCUAAUAAUGGCGGAUUUAUUAGGAGACUUUCCACGUAAUUCGGAGCAGGGUUAUAGCGACGACUUCGAGAAGGUGGAUAAAAUUCCAGAGCAAGACGAGGCGAUAACCACGACGUCGUUUACCGGUGAGGAAGCAGAGGAGGAUCGCUAUGAAUCUGGUACAUCUGAGGCAAACGCCUCUAGUCCUCUCCUUAACUUUGAUGAUGACCUGACACCUCAAGAACCCCACACUAGAGAACCUUUAAUUAUUUUCGGUUCUCAGUCGGGCCCUCCCGAACCAACAGCGCCCCCUGCACCACCAACGGGAAGUGAAUUCACAAGUGGGAUGGGGGAGACCAAUCGUGGCCUUGAGUUCGAACUAGAGGCAGAACCUUCACCAUUCACACAACCCGAUCCAAAAGUAACAUCAGAACCUGUGUCAAUCUCCAAACCACCGGCAGAUACAUGGUUGAAGAAUGUUGACCCUAGAGUGUUGGAUCUUGUGUACUGGCGUGAUGUUAAGACAACAGGGGUCGUAUUUGGCUCCAUGAUGUUCAUUCUUCUGUCUCUGUCUUGUUUCUCUGUGUUGAGCGUUCUUGCCUACUUAUCUCUGGCUGUCAUCACCGUCACACUCAGCUUCCGCAUUUACAAGAACGUCCUCCAAGCUGUUCAAAAAUCUGGAGACCCACACCCUUUCAGAGUGUAUCUGGACAUGGAUAUUGAUGUGCCUGAAGACAAGGCUCAGAUGGCUCUGAAAAACAUUACACGACAUGUGAACAACACCUCCCGUGAGCUGCGACGUCUCUUCCUUAUUGAAGACCUUGUUGAUUCUCUUAAGUUUGGCCUGUUGCUGUGGGUGCUGACCUAUAUUGGAGCCUGGUUCAAUGGAAUGACACUGAUCAUCCUUGCUGUGGUGUCUGUUUUUACACUACCUAAAUUUUAUGAAACUUACAAGGUCCAGAUUGAUAACUACUUCAACAUGAUCUGCUGUCAAGUGGACGGUGUUAUGAAACAAGUGCAGACCAAACUACCAUUCUUGAAGAAGAAAGAAAAAGCACAGUAAUGAGUGCAGACCAACAGAUGUUUUGGUUACACAUUACGUUUUUUUCCAUAAUAGAAGAUGUUUCAAGACUGAGAUUGUGUUGCACAAGGUCAAUACAGUGUAUGUUAUCCUGAAUAUGGAACUUACAUGUCACUGCUAGGAGACAACCAUGACAACAGCAGGAUGACAAACACAUCUAGUGUGGAAUAGUGAUGUUUACAGCAUCCUUAAACAGACUUUGUGGUAGAUUUCAUGUUAAACCAGGACGUACUUAUCAAGGUUAAAACAAAUUCACUGAUCCACUAAUAACAGCGAUUGUUUUGAUGCAUGCUUGUAGAGGUUCUUAUCAUAUGUAGUACAUAAAAUCGGUAUUUUCUGUAGACAUUUCCACAGUAUAUGUGUUUGUUCUGUUGAUUGGUGACAGAAGCUGGUGUUGACUUCUGUGUUGUGAGUGUGGGUACUCUAGAGUGACAUUUCUAGGCCACACUAAACAUUAACAAUAAAUUAGGAUGCUUGGUAUGAACAUUUGAAAUGAAAUUACAAGUGAGAUGCUUCCUAUAGAAAUUAACAUGGAAUUUUUUUUUUAGAUAUAUGAAAUAUAGAAGCAAAACAGCAAGGAAAUGAAACCUUGGAUGUACAAAGUAUUUCGUUAAUAAUUUCCUUACUGGUAAGAGUGAAAAAAGUGUGUGUUCAUCAUAAUUGUGGGCUUUUCCCUCAUUUUUUACCAUUUGAUUUCCAUUUGAAAGUCAUCCUAAAUUUGAGAAGAACCACUUUAUCAUGUCCCAUCUCAUUGUCAUUUGUAGCUGGGUAACUUCAUUGUCACUAGCUUUUAUGAGUGCUCACUGGAGUUUUGUCUCACAAUUGUCUAGGCACGGGCAAGUAUUUUGCCAUGUUUUUGAUCUCUUGAUGUACCCAAACAAAACGUUAUUGUGUUAGGGCUGUCACCAAAUGAUGUUGUUCUGGGUAUCUAAAACAACUCUGUACAGUAUUUAUUGUAAACAAGACUUGUAUGCAUCAACCAUUGUGUCAUAUGAUAAUUUAUACCCAAGAUACUGUAGGAUUAAUAUUAGAAAUGAUUACCUGGUGUCCUUUAGGAACAAGGAGUUCACAGUUGAUAUAUUGAUUGUAAAUUUAAGAAAAGGAGAAAUUUAUUGUAAAUCCAAGAAAAGGAGAAAUUUAUUCGGCAAAGGAACCUGCUUUCUACGAAAGGGGAUCUAAGGGUGCAAGUUUUCAGGGUAACUAAUUCAAUGUACAAACAAGAACAAUUCUUGUGUCAUUUACUAAGUUUUCAAUACAACCACUCUUUGAGUUAUUGGGAAAAUUUACUGUUUAUUCAAACAUCACCCUACUACUGAAAACUGGGGUUUGAUUCCCAAAUGGACUGAAUGCAUUAUUGUUCCAUUAACUGAAAGCCUAUAGAUAACAUAUGUACAGGUUGGAUAACAUCAUUCUGUGAAUAUUGCUAAUGGUGACCUAUAUUCUUAAUGUUGUUUUGUGUCCUUGUCUGGCAGUUUAUUUAAGCUUGAUUACAAAAAACCUUUUAUAUGUAUAUACAUCAAUUAUGAGAAAAUUUCCAUUGUAUACAAACUAGAAAUAUUGUGUUCACAGUGACUGGAGUUACUUAACAGUAAAAUAUAUGUUGAUAGAAUUAGUUCUGAACUUACGAUUCCAACAAAAUAAAUGGUUAACUAUCUCUCUAGAAUUGUGUAUAGAAAAGUUAUCACAAAAAUCUAGAAGAAUAUACAAUAUUCAUUGGUGAUUGUUGUUCUCACUCAACUCUGUUUUUUUCUCUCUCUUAAAGACAUCAUUUCACCUGUAUUGUGUAAGUCAGGCCUUAAAGUUGAGGUCAUAUAUUCUUCUACUGUCCAUUCUUUCAGGUAUUUUGAAUCUCCUUAUAAUGGUUCGAGGUAGUAAAUGGAAAGGUUCCAUACAUAGUGUACACCUUGCCUGAGUGUUUAAGCUUAUUAAAGUCAGUAAUUAUUGUUUUCCUUAGCUCUUUGUAUUUUGUUUGGUAGAUAAUACUACCAGUCUACUACCGAUGGUACUCCUUAAUGCUCAGAAUUCAAUAUUUCAUUUGAAAAACCAGCAAUGUCAAAACAUUUUGUAUUUGAUUGGCAGAAAUGUUUCAAUCUUACUGCCUGGAGUACUCUUUGCAUAGAAAUAUUUUUACUUACAGAAUCUGUGCAUAACUGUUCAGGACAUGGUAAAAAUAUUAUUGAUGUCCUUUGUCAUUAAUGAACCAUUUUGCACAUAAAUGAGAUUCUUAUUUUGGAACAAAUAUGAAAUCCUGCAUGGCAGUCAUCUUAAAUUCAGUCUUCUGUGAGUCUGAUUUUGCAGAAACUUUGUGGAAAUGACAUCACAUGAUUUUGACCAAAAAACAAUAGAGUAUUGAAUUUCCUUGGUAUGAUCACAGUUUCAUCCCUUUUUUUGUUAAUUAAUUGAGAUCAUGAGACUACUUUGAAUGUGAAGGGCCCCUUGUGCCUCUUGUUUUGUUUGUAUUUGUUGUUUUGAAAUCUGACCACGAACACUCUAGAAGAAGCUCUAUUCUGUGGUUGACGAUUGAUAUGGUACACCUCUCGAUGUCUACAUAUAGGUGUUUGCUGUAGUGUGUACUGUAGGUAUUUUUGUGGAUUGUACGGAUUUGUUGUCAUGAUAAAGCAGUAUUGUAAUGAUAUAAAAGUAUUUAUUACAUGCAGAGUAUAUAAUAUAUGGAUAUUUCUUAUUUUAUUCUUUAGCUUACCUGGCUCAAAGAGUCACAGGGACUUGUGCUGUGGUGCAGUGUCAACAUUUGAUACAAAAUAUUUUGUUAUAGUCAUGAAUUUAUCCUUUUGAAUAAGUUGAUUCAAAAAGGGCCCAGACAUUUUUGACUGAUUUUUAGUUCCACAGGUCAAUUUUAAUCAGCCAUCAUUUCAAACAUUAAUCCAGGUGUUGUUGUUCAAAAUCUUGUGAUCAUUAGAAAUCUGAGAUGCCCAUUGUGGUCUUAUCUCAAACGUCUAAAGAAUAAAAGGAAACCAGCAGAUGGUACAAGCCUUGUGGGCCUCUCUUAUUGUAAUCAUGAAAAAUGAGAUUAUAGAAAUUUUUGACCUGAAUAUUUUUGCGAGAAAAGAAUAACACAAGUGGCCUUUUUUGUGGGAUAUUUGUUAUUGUUUUGUCUGAACAUUAGAAUAAAACUGAUUUCUUUUCACAUCUAUUGAACUGUGAGAAGACAUCUGUAUGAACUAGGGAACUCCAGAUAGAAGUAUGUAUAUAUAGCAAUUAUAUAAAAGCUGUAUAUUUGCAAUAGUUUGUUUUGGUAUUAAAAGAUCCUCAGGAGAAUAUCAAAUUAUCAGAAAGUUGUGUUGUCUUCCAUCACCACUACUUAAAACUUCAAAACGAGAGUGAAUGAAAAAAUCAUUGCAUGUAAAUGCAUCAAAGAAAAGCAUUAUUUGGGAUCUUCUUGGUAUAACUGAAGAAAUUUGAUAUGAUUUUCUUUUCUUAUCAACAUAUUUUGGUAAUUAUUCCAACUGCACAUGUGUGUCUCCUACAUUAUUUUCUUAAUACUGAUUUUGUGUGUCACACAUUUUUGACCGAAAGUGUGCUGUUUGCUACCGUUUCUAUAUGUUGCUUCAAUUGACUAGUAUUACCCAAUCAUAAGGUAUCAUGUUACCUAUUUCUGUAUUCUAGUGUUUAUGCAAUAUUGUGAUACUUUGUUAACUCCUGUAAUGCCAAGCUUACCAAUGUAAGCUUCAAUUUGUACAAGAUAAUUACAGCUUGUGACUGGAGUCAAUACAGUUCAUCUUUAAUUAAAAGUGAAUGUUA